AUGGAGUUUGAGGUCGAAAAUCCUGUACACCUGCCGGCGCUCACAAUGUGUGGACCCAAACACGAGUUCAUUACUGAGGAAUACAAGCAAUCAUUUCAGAAGAAAUUCAAUUCAUCGAAAGGUCAUCAAAAGGACUCGUCAUUAGAAAUCCUAUUAGCAUUGCAAGCAAAGAGCGUUCAUGAGCAAGCACAUUUGUUACAGUCUCGUAAGUAUUUGACUCAACAUAUUCGGUGCGAUUUGAUGGAGACGGUUAACAAGGUCAAAAACCUACAUCGGAAUGAUUGCAAUAAGAUAUCCAAGAUGCAAAUUAACAUCAAUUUUGAUUUAUUCUGCAUUUCCCUAUUCGCACAGUUGAAUAACGAAUCGGACGAUAAUUUUAUAGUUUCUUCAAACCCUAUAUUAGACAACGACCAGUCGAGGGCUCAGUCGGGCCACAGUCACAGCCACUACCAAAUGACAGGCGCCGUGAAUGGCGUCAACUCGAGCGAGUGUCUCAUCCAUGGCGUGCGGAACCAGAAUAAUAUGCUUUUCUAUGAAAUGCUGCAAACCAUGGGUUGCAUGCAAUUGAGUGACACACAAAUCCCCGAUCAGAUCCGCACUCUCCACAAGAACCACGUGUGCAGUAAUCGAGGCAAAAGUCGAUCCGUUCCCACCUCUAAGAUGCCCUCACUUCUGACCACUCCGUUGUCCACUCCGUCGACGCCAACAGAUUCUCGGAGAAUGUCUUUCAAUCGAAACCCAAUGAGUCAGACGUCGUCUCCUAUGAGACAAUCCAAGUCAUCGCUGUCUAUGACUUCACAAUCGCAUCGAAACCCAAACCAAAAGACAUUUACCGAAUACAUGCCUUUAUGUGAACUACAAAAAGGACUACAAAAAGGAGAUAUCGUUGAAGGGGUCCUACGAAUAAAUCCUCGCAAUUAUACGGACGCCUACAUAAGCGCACCGGGGGGCGGAAUCGACAUAUACGUUGGAGGAACGACUGAUCGCAACAGAGCUCUCAAUGGGGAUAAAGUGGCCGUUCGUAUAAAGCCAUCCCAAGAAUGGAAGGUCUUAUUGGACACCAUUCGCAUCCAUUGGGAUGAAUGGGAAGUAGACUUUGAAAGAUUGCUUGGGAUUCGCAAUGAAUCGGAUGGAACGGACGCUACCCAUGAGUCCAGUGCUCACAGUUCUCACGAUAUCGAGACCAUUGAUGAAAGCGACGAAUAUUGUGAUAGAAUCACUUUGAACAGUGAUUCAAAUAAUGAGUACAACACUACUAAAAACACAACUAAAACCCAAACCAAUGCUCAAAGUUGUGACACAAACGCAAAAACUUCCCAAAAGAGAAGGCGUUCGCGAAAAAAGAAGAAUAAAAGUGGAAGUGAUGAGAGAAAUGAUGUGAAAUCUUCUGAAUGUGAAAAGACAUCUCUUUUGAAACCAGAAGUUGUGAAUUCAUUGAUAAUCACUAAGAAAAGCCAAAGACAUUCAAGAAUUUGUGACGAAUUGAGUGCAACAUUGGAAAGAAUCGGUGACUUAAAGAUAGAAUAUUUAUUAAAUUUGAAGUUUUGGGAUAAAUUCAUACAAAGGACGGGUCGAGUGGUGGCCAUCAGUGAAUACAAUCACUCCCGCACUGCUGGCGGACGUCUCAGUCAUAUGAAGGAGAAGAACCAGAAUUGGGCGCUAUUUAUCCCAAACGACUCGCGCAUACCUCGUAUGCGAAUCGCGAUGAAUACCUGUCCGCCAGACUUCUAUCAUCAUUCUCAGCACUACAGCCAGAGUUUAUUUGUGGCACAAUUGCAGGACUGGAAGACUACUGAUCACAUCCCAAGUGGUAUUCUUCUGAAGCAUUUGGGAAAUGCCGGUGACGUCGACGCAGAGAGUGAACUCAUGUUAACUGAAAAUAACAUAGAGUUCGAUGACUUUCCUGAAGAGGCUUUCUAUGGAUUACCGAACAUUAGUGAUGACGAGUGGAAGUUCGAUGACUUUCCUGAAGAGGCUUUCUAUGGAUUACCGAACAUUAGUGAUGACGAGUGGAGUGAUAAUCAGUGGUCUAUUCCUGAGAAAGAAUUGCAAUACAGGCGUGACUUCCGUAAUGAGUGUGUCUUCACUAUCGAUCCGUCGACUGCCCGUGACUUAGAUGACGCCCUUUCCAUCAAACGUCUCAAUGACGGCAACUUCGAGGUCGGAGUCCAUAUCGCAGACGUAUCUUAUUUCCUGAAGGAAGGCAUGCCUUUGGAUGAUAUCGCCAGAAGAAGAGCCACUUCUGUGUAUUUAAUUCAAAGAGUGAUUCCAAUGUUGCCGCCAAUCCUUUGCGAGCGAUUAUGUUCUUUGAAUUCAGGCGAAGAAAAGCUGACAUUUUCUGUCGUUUGGAAUAUUGAUAAAAAUGGAGACAUUUUGGAGGAAUGGUUCGGCCGAACGAUCAUCAAGUCGUGCAUUAAACUGAGCUAUGAAUUGGCUCAAGACAUGAUCACUGAGCCCAACAGGGAGUGGAAGCCAUACGAAUUGCUAAAAAUGGAGACAUUUUGGAGGAAUGACAUGAUCACUGAGCCCAACAGGGAGUGGAAGCCAUACGAAUUGCCACUUAUUCACAAUCAGUGGACUUAUCGCGAAAUAUCGGAAAGCGUUAACCUUUUGAAUGAAAUUGCAGUCAAAUUAAGGAGACGACGCUUCGAAAGCGGAGCCCUAAAGAUAGACAAACUGAAGCUACACUUCAUUCUGGACAAGGAGUCGGGACUUCCCUCUGGUUUCUCUCCUUAUGUCUACCGCGACUCGAAUCGAUUGGUAGAGGAGUUCAUGUUAUUGGCGAAUAUGGCGGUCGCGCACCACAUAUAUAGAAAGUUUGGAGACAACGCCUUUCUUCGCUGUCAUCCCCCGCCCGAUGAGAAAGGACUCAAAGAGUUUAACGCCUUUUGUAGAUUCAAUGGCUUUCAAGUGAAUACCACUACUUCGCAAACACUUCAGCGAUCAUUGGAUGUAAUCGUCGACAACAAUGAGAACAUAUCGCGAGUUGUGGCCAAUUUCCUGUUGAAAGCCAUGCAAAUGGCAACCUAUGUCUGCCCGGGUAUGCAGUCUGCCAGCCAGACGCUGCAUCACUACGCCCUCAAUGUUCCACUUUAUACACACUUCACGUCUCCUAUCAGAAGGUAUGCCGACGUUAUCGUUCAUCGACUUCUUUCUGCGUCCCUUUCCUAUACGCCACAAAUCGGCGACUCAUUGAAAGACUUGCACCGAUUGGCCAAAACAUGUAAUGAUAAGAAAUUAAGCUCUCGUAUAGUGAGUGACUUGAGUGCCCGUCUGUUCCUUAAUAUCUAUAUCAAACACAUCGGCAAAAUGGAAACUAAGGGAAUAGUAGUCCAGGUAGUAUAUUUAGAUCAGUUGCCACUCAAACAGUUUACAUUUGAGACAAAACACGGCAAAAAUCAGUUAACUUUGGAGUGGAAUGACAGCACCGAUCCUUCGCAAGACAAUACUCAACAGAUUAUAAUCGCAUGUCUUUCGCUUGAAAUACAAGUGUCUGUGCAUAGGGACGACCUCACAAAACUCAAUACUAUUCUCCGGCACCCGAACGGGAGUUUCGUACAAAAACCAAUGCCUCAAUAAUACCGAGUCUUUCAACAAAUUUUGAAAUCAGUAUUUGUUUUAUUACUCAAACUACUAUACAGUAC